AUGGUCAGCACUGGUUGCUCAGCUAUGGUCCAGCAGGAUCUGGAUGAACUGCAGAGAUUUCAAACUGAAGAGAAAAUUUAUGGACUCAAUCAAGUUGAGAAAUCUAUCAACAAUGGUUGCCCAGUUUUACCACUUCAAAGAAUUCCUGCUAGUAUCAAUUUCAGCAUUUGUAAUAAAUGUAGGAAAGUUUUUAAGGAUCCCUCAUUGCUUACACAACACCAGAAAACACAUAUUACAGGAAAACUCUAUGAAUGUAUAGAAGAUGAGAAGGCUUUCAACCAAAGCUCAAUUGUCAGUAAACAUCAGAAAAUUCAUUUUGGGCUAACUGCUCACAAAUGUAAUGAGUGUGGCAAAGCCUUUAAGUACUUCUCAAACUUCAUUAAACAUAAGAGAAUCCAUACUGGAGAGAAACCAUAUAAAUGUAAUGUAUGUGGCAAGGUCUUCAUUCAAAAUUCAAACCUUAGGAGUCACCUGCAAAUUCAUACUGGAGAAAGACCUUAUAGAUGUAACGAGUUUGGUAAGGCUUUUAUCAAACGUUCACAACUUCUGAGACAUGAGAGAAUUCAUACUGGAGAGAAACCUUACAAAUGUAAUGAGUGUGGCAAAGCCUUUACUGUGCAUUCAUGCCUUACUCGACAUCAAAGACUCCAUAAUGAAGAGAAUCUUUAUAAAUGUCGUUCAUACCUCUGGGAUCAUGAGAAAAUUCAUACUGGUGAGAAACCAUACAAGUGUAUUGAAUGUGGCAAGGCUUUUAGGCAACUGUCUGACCUCAGGAUUCACCAAAGAAUUCACACUGGAAAGAAACCUUACAAACGCAAUGAGUGUGACAGAACGUUUACUGUGCAUUCAAGCCUUACUAAUCAUAGGAGAAUUUAUACUGCAGAGGAACCUUAUAAAGAUAAUGGAUGUGGCAAAGUGUUUAACCAUUUUUCAAACCUUAUUAUACAUUCAAACCUUGAUAAUCAUAUAAUUCAUAGUAAAGAGAAAACUUACAAAUGUAAUGAGUGUGGCAAAUCCUUUACCAUGCAUUCAAGCCUUUCUAAUCAUAAGAGAAGCCAUACUGGAGAGAAACCUUACAAAUGUAAUGAGUGUGGCAAAUCCUUUACUGUGCUUUCUAGUCUUACUAAUCAUAAGAGAAGCCAUACUGGAGAAAAACCUUACAAAAGUAAUGAAUGUAACAAAACCUUUACCUAUUUUGCAAACCUUAUUAGAGAUCAGAAAAUGCAUGCUGAAAAUUAACAAUGUAAAGCUAAUACGUGUGUCAAUGCUUCUAUUCAAAACUCAAGCU